AUGCCUGGACUCACAUCUCCUGCCACUGUUACCACAACACUCACGUACUUCACUCCCCCUACUGACGGAGAGAGAGCAUACCAGAAGAUUCUCGGCCCCGUGAACGGAGAGCGGGAACUGUUGAAAAACUGGGAUUCAGAGGAGAGGCAUAACAUCACCAUUGAGAAUGUGAGGGGGAAAGAGGACACAGUCUCGUUGGAUAAAACGGGCUUCCAGUUCUUUCAACAUACUUCAAAGCAUACGGCGUUCACGAAUGACGAAGAUAUCAAGGCCGAAUACUACCCCGAGAGCAUUGAGCUCAUCAAAAAACUAACAGGAGCCAGCCGCGUCGUGCUCUUUGACCACACCAUCCGACGUCACAGACCUGGUACAAAAUCGCUGAACCAACCAGUGUCGCAAGUGCAUGUCGAUCAGACCAACAAAGCAGCCAUUAAUCAGGUGCACCGAAACCUCCCCGCCGAGGAAGUGCCCGAGCUUCUGAAGAAGCGUUUCCAGAUUAUUAAUCUCUGGCGACCGAUAGGGACCCCAGCCCUGGAAUGGCCUCUAGCUAUGUGCGAUUAUCGAAGUGUCGCUCCAGGUGACGCUGUGCCCGUCGCCCUGAUAUAUCCUGAGCGUGAAGGAGAGACGUUUAUGGUCAAAUAUAAUCCAGACCAUAAAUGGAAGUACCUUCGCGGCAUGACUCCUGAGGAAAUUGUACUCAUCAAAUGUUUUGAUUCACUACAGGAUGGAAGUGUUGCUGUCUUUACGCCUCACACAGGGUUUAAAGACCCUUCUACACCUGAAGGAACACCACACAGAGAGUCGAUAGAACUUCGGUCGAUCGUUUUCUAUGAUUGA